CGCACAUAGUAUAAACGCAUGGUAGAAUUUUUAAACGCUACUAAAUAAUUAACGUCAAUUACGCAUUAUUUUCUAGGAAAGAAAGGGGCUCAUCAUUUUAUGUUAUUUAUUGUGAAAAGUGCUCCGAUUCAUACAACUCGUCGUGAAGUCAUUAGAAAAACCUGGGUAGCAGUUAAAGAAGUUGAUGGGUUACUUUUCAAUACUAUCUUUGUUGUCGGUCAAGUCGAUCCAAAUUCUCCUUUGCAGCAUAUAUUAGAGAAAGAAAACAAAAUCAAUGGAGACAUGUUGCAAACGGGAACACCUGAAGGAUACAUAAACCUCCCAAGUAAAGUAUUAUCAGCUAUGCAGUGGUUGAUUUCAAAGUCUUCUCAAAUAUCAAGCGAUUUCUAUACAUUUACUGACGAUGAUUGCGUAAUGAACAUCGCAAAUAUAGUUGACUUUUUUGGAAAUCUUCCAUUUGAAGAUGAUGAAAACGAUUCAUCUAAACGAUUUGAUCGGUCUAAAUCAAGUCAAUCAAUAAAGGAAAUUCAAACUAUAGAGUUAUAUAAGAAAAAGAAAGUGAAUGAGGUAACGCUACCACCCUUGGAAGCAAAAAAAUUAACAGAAAGCAUCAUAAAUGAAGUAAAAUACGAUGAUUCAAAAAGACAAUUAUCUGAUUCGUAUGAGGGAGAACAGAGAAGUAAAGAAGGAGACGAAGACGACGUAGCUGAGAAUCUCGAAAUAUAUGCAGCUAUGGAUCCAAAUGCAAAAAUUCAAAUCGAAAGAAUAGAGAAGGAUGAUGCCAAUUUUGAUCAGAAUGAAAAUUUAUACGGAGAUAUUCCUAUCAUAAAUUUAAAACAAUAUACCUCAAAAUUUAUGCCGCAUAACUAUAACACAGCAUAUAAAAACAAUUCAUAUAAUUUAAUCCAAUAUUUGGAAACAGCAUUACAAGAAAAAGAUCCAGGGAUUAUUUUUAGAAAGCAUCGCUUAGUUCCUGAUGGUCUGUACUGCGGAUUUUCAUAUGAUCCCCAAGGGAAGCCGCACCGCCGAAUGACAGAUAAAUGGGGUGUGACAAAAGAGCAAUAUUCCUUAGACGUGUACCCAUCGUUUUGUCAUGGUGGUAUGUAUACCAUGAGUGGGAAUUUGAUGACUUCAAUAUGUGCAAUCUCGACCGUAACCGAUUAUCAUUCAUAUCAUUUGGAGGAUGUUUUAAUUACUGGUAUUUUGCGAGAGAAAACUGGAGUGCCUGAUUCUAAAAUGAUUCGCAGAGGCACUGAUCCAAAAGUGAAGCCACUUAUGUAUUAUGUUUGGGAUUCUGGACCACGCGUGUUGUUGAAAAUGGCGCAUAAAUGGAAAUUUUAUAACAGGCCACUGUUUUCAAAACGUUUUGCAAUGGAAGCUCUGAGAAACGGUGAAGUUAUAUUCUGGAAUAAUUAUGGGAAAAGCUAGCAGAUAUGAAUCUACUUCAGGGUGUAAGUUAUUUCACGAAAUAUAUUCACGUAAGUGAAGUCUGCCUAAAAUGCUUCAACAGUUCACAUGUUGUAAUCAUACAAGACCAUGUGAAUCCCUAAGAUCUAAGUGUAUAUUGCUAUUUGGGUAAUGAAUUGAUGAAAGCAUGAAAAGAACAUAAAAUUACUUAACUUCAAUAUAUUAUUUACUUAA